AUGCUCAGGCAUGGCCACAAGGAAAUGUUCUCCUGUGCGGGAAUUCGUGAUUGCGUACGAUUUUUCACGGAACGAGGUCAUAACGAUGUGCUGGUAUUCAUUCCUCAGUUCAGGCGAGAGACCGCUCGAGCAGAUUGUCCUAUUACUGAUCAGCAUAUUCUGGAUGAACUGGACGCUGAGCGACGUGUCGUCUGGACACCAUCGCGGCGCAUCAAUGGCCGCCGAAUUGUCUGCCAUGAUGACCUGUACAUAUUGAAAACGGCAGAGGAGAAGGAUGCCGUCAUCGUAUCAAACGACGCCUAUAGAGAUCUGCUUCGAGAACAUCCUCAAUAUCGUCGGAUUGUAGAGCAACGUUUGCUCAUGUACAGUUUCGUGGAUGGAAAAUUCAUGCCACCAGAAGAUCCGCUUGGACGCUACGGUCCUCGUCUGCAGCAGUUCCUCUCCUUCAGCUCGACACCUUCAACAGCUCAACUCUGCCCUUACGCACGGAAAUGCACGUACGGCAGCAAAUGCAAAUAUUUCCAUCCCGAGCGACCCAAUGGGAUGCAUGUCAGCGUGACGGAUCGCCUAAUGCGGGAGAAAAACCAAAGCAGACCACAGACAAUGCGGCCGUUCAUGCGAAUGGAAGGUCCAAAACCGGAUCAUCGCAGUGUUGGACGGACACGAUCGCUCAACACCGAUCCACGAUCCCAACAAGAAAAUAAGGCGACAGUACGUAAAUUUCACUUUCACAAUCACUCAACUGCUAAAUUUUAA